CAAAGAAAUCACUGGUACCAGCUAAAGAACGCUGAGAUCGCUACAUCAACAAGAAUCGCAUGUCAAGUGAAGAUGAUUAAAAAAUCAACUUAAAAAUCACGCUGUUUAGCUCAAGAUUAAUUUGUUUGCAAUGUGUUUUAAUGGAACAUUGUAACCUGUUCACCUUAUUCAAGCAUUAUUUUGUGAAAGCUGCAGGAUGCCGGUAAAAAACAAGGCAUUAAGCGAGUACAAGAAGAAGUUCCGAUGGCAUGAUUCUGUGAAAUCCACAUCCUUCAGACCCUCUCCUGAGCAGAAGUCCCCAACUGCUGGUCUGUCGUCAGCUGAUUCUGGCCAACAGGAACCGCCUCUCCAACACAAGCGCUUUCCUCUCCCUUUCGUGGAUAAAGUGACCUACACAACCAAGCAGUUCUUUGGGGAUGUCUCUGGAUCUGAUGACGAUGCCGGCAAGAGGAAGGGGCACAUCGUGGGAGGAGGCCGGGGCGGUGGGAUCGUACCCAUGAUGCCACUGAAGACGUACAAGGUUGGCGGGACUGGUGAGGGAGGCAGCAAGUCACAUAAAGUCUCAAGAUCAAAACCUGGCAAGGAGCCAAUUAAGAACAAGACUUAUACAGCAGCUAGUCUGAAGCCCACAAACGGCCACGCGACAUCAGCUGACAAGGCCGACAAUAAAGACACAAACGUCAACAAUAACAAGGAUGCCAGUGCACCGGGAAGAAAAGACAACAAGGAGAACACACACCACACUUCUAAACCUGCACAUAAACACACAGUAAAGCCGAAUGUUGCCCUGCAGUAUCAGGCAGGCAUCAAGGACACACGGCCCAAGUCCGCCAAAUACCUCUCUGAAUACCAGCGAAAUUACGAAUGGAGGAAUGCCUUGCCCAAGGAAUCACCCCUCAUGGCUGCAGAACAGAUGGUGUAUAAAUCUCAAGCCAACGUGGCUCCCUUCGUCCCAGACAAGAUCCCACGCCAGAGUGAGUACAAGAUGCAGUUCAGGGACUGGUCACCGGUCAGGCAGAAGUCUUCCACAGCCCACCAGCAGCUGAUGGAGAAUGCGGAGAGAGACAUCAAAGCCAAAUACCGUGUCAAGACAAAGAGCAAGAAGUCCAAACGCUCCAGUCUAACACCGGAUAAGAUGCGACCGGCUGGCGUCCCAUCAGUGUAUGCACACGACGACCUCAAAUUACUGAAAUCGGCCGAGAACCCAACCAAGCCAUUCUUUCCACAUUCCACAACCAUAAGGAAAUGGAAAUCGGAGUAUGCAUCCAACUUUAAAGAGCCUGACAUAUAUCAGUAUGAGAACGGGAUAUGGAAAGGGGCGGACCCUCCACACAUCGUGCCAAGAGACGACAGCUCCAUCGACAGACGAGAAGCCAGGCCCAAUUGGUUUGCUGAGGUCUUAGAGCUUCGUCAGAAGGCAGCAGACUACCGGCAGAGGGCUCAGGGAACCCACUUCUCUCGGCAACACCUGGCCCAGAUUCUAGCCAAUCAGGCCCGUCUAUGGGACGAGAGCAGCACAGCCACCAGCACCAUCAGUUCACUCUCGGCGCCCUCUGUUGACACAGGGUUGAAAGAUCGAAACCAAGACAGUAAACCAGCGCCAGUGAGUAGGCCGGAGGGUUCUCCACCAGUUAACAGACGCCUGGCCUGGCCACAGGACAGCAAUGGGGAAGGGAAAAAUGGAGGACCACAACCCUUAGAUAACGGUGAUCUUGAGUCAAGCAUUGGCAGUAUUCCAACACCAGAAGGCUAUAAGGGGUCAGUGACCCCCAGCUCAGACGAGGUUGAUACCAUUGAGGAGCAGGGGAGGCUGCCUACACCAAGGUUGCGGGAGGAGGGGCUGUCUAAACGCCAUCACCUGGACCGUACCACCCCUGCCACAGGAGGUGCUAUUUUAACGUCGCCUCAGCCAAAGCAUAGAUCCCUGUCCCCUCCAAUACCGGCACCUGUUACUAGUAAGACGCAACCUGCUGCAGCAAAGACAUCAGCACCGGAUCAACGCAGGAACAUCAUUCCCGGUACAAUAACCCACGGCUUUGCCUAUGAUAGUGAUGAGGAUUCAGAAGAUGAACGGUCCAGUACUCCAAGGGUGUCAACACCACCACCCCAACUGGACAUGAAAACAAGGAUUCUGAACCAGCUUCAAGGAUCUCCCACUGCAGGAGUGACCACCACAGACCCAGACCCCAUUCGGGAGAGCACAUCCAACCCACCUCCCUUCCAGCGGCAUUCUAACAACUACUUUGAGACCAGCCAGGCCAUGCCAGUCCUUCCCAGGAGGAUUGAACCCCCGCGAACCUGGGCAGCCCCCCAGCAUGGCGACCCACGCGGGCUGACUUCAAGGGACGCUGAGCAGAAUGGAGAGACUGUGAGGACAGUGGCAUCUGGUACCCAGACUCAGAUGAAUGGUAACAGGCAGGGGCCAUUACAAGCUCCAGGGGUCAAAGGGCCAUUGGAUAGGCCAAACUCAGGCAGCAUGUACGGCCGGCCAAUGACAGCUCACCCACAGUCCAGGCAAGAGGCUGAGGCCAAUAAUCAACCCGAGACCGCAACACGAAACCUCAACAAUCACCGCUCAGAAAGGGACAACGCAGACGCCCAGAGGAAGCGAAACGAAGCCUGGACGGUCCCUACAGACCUGCCCAGGGGCAAGAUGAUGCCGGACAGCCCACAGUGGACGUUGCCACUCCGUGACAGCGAUGAGUUGUCUCUAUCCAUCAUGUCCAAUGCCUCGAGUUCCUCACUUGCCUCUGAGGUACUGGAGAGGGCGCGCAAGAGACGCGACGACUUCUGGGGGAAGUAAGCGCCACAUCAGGACAGUAUAACUACUUUUUAUGUACAACCAUUUUUACAGGGAUGUAAGUCCUUCUGCAGUUGCCUGAUUUCAGUUGUGUUUUUUUUUCUUCAAAUUGUAAAUAACAUACAGGCACCAUACAUGGGUGUACAUGUAUACCUGUUUACCUCAAAGUUCAGGCAAAACUGUCACUUACAUCCCUGUUUUUAAACCACUUUUUAUUUACAGAUAACCUCAAGGUUAUUGCAUUGAUUCAGAGCGGCUAUUUACUUUAUAUCUUUUUACGCAUCUGGUCUACACAGUGGUCUGGAUUUGGCCCAUUUAUUGACAUGACACAGUAAUCCCAACCUAACUUUCUCAAAACCCAUUAUUGCUGCUGCUUCUAAAAAACAGAGAAAAGAAUUGAACCUCCCCCCCCCCAAAAAAAAAAAAGCCACAGGGUUUAAACAGUAGACUAGAGGCCCUUGAAUCCUUACGAAUAUUGCCUUUCAUCUACAGUUGCAAGGGGAAAAAUGGUAGUAAGUGAUAUCAAAUACUGAAUCAUGGUUGGGCUCCUAACUUCAUUCCUAACACAGUCCUGAAAUUGUGCAUGAAUUGCAUUGUGUUUGUGUGCUUAACCAAGAUAUGCUAAAGGGCACAAUGUUUUUGCUGGACCCGAAUGUUUGCUAGACUGAGUCACUGAGCGACUUACUGAGAGUGACUCACUGAGUCCCUGACUGACUCGCUAAGUCACUUGAGUAUAAAUAAUGACCUCAACUGAGACUAUCGGAUCCAGCUUGACUAGGCAAGCUUAGUCUUGUUGAGUUGUUAGCACUGCGGAUGACCGUUGAAUAACGAGUGUUAGAAAAUUCUGUUCCAUUUUGGCAGCGAUUUUGACAGUUUCAUUGUUCUUUCUACAACAAACCUCAGGUAUUUUUAGAAGUAGGACAAUACUACACAGGUUUCUUAGGAGUGUGAACAGUAGUAGGGUCAAUUAGAUUCCUCAAAUGGAGAAAUUCAAGGGAAACUGAGUAGUUUUAGUUUUAUACUGUCAGCAGCUUUGUUUUAAUAAGUGUCUGCAUGUUUGUGGUUUGUGUUUUUUUAUUCUCUUGUCUGAAGAUUAUAAUACCUUCUUAAACCAGCUCCCUCUACCUACCCCACCCCACUCAAACCCCCAUCAACCCACACCAUCAUGAUCAAAUGUUGUAAACAACUUCAAUCGAGGACCCCCUAUUGUCCCUCUUUUGUUUGUACUUUUUAGGUAGACCUUCCAUAUGUUUUGUACGCGAUCGUCAAUUGUAGACCUUUGGGAAGUGGGGACCCUAUUGUCCUCUACUGUUCAACGUCCCCUAUUGAAUGCAUAAACAAACCGCAAAUUCCCCGCAACCUCACCCAACCCCCGCCCCCACAACCUCACCCGAACCCUGGCCCCUCACCCUGUAUGCAGUACAUUCCGUUGCAUGAUUGAACCCAGUAAACACCCGCCUUGGCACUAAACAGUUACCAUGCUCCAUGCAACAAACUGUGACAGUGGAUUCUGUUGUAUCAGCCUUGGCACUUUGAGCAGCUACCAAGUAACCAUGCUAAAUGCAGCAAGAUGCAACACAACACAGGACUUGACUGAUAAACGCAACAACAGCUUUUAUCCAUUGUUGCUUUCACCUGUUGUAUUUAGCAGGGUUAGGUCAGCCAAGAAUAUGAGUUGCUAUAUCGUGUGCUUGGAUUACUGUAAUUUCAUUGGUCUAGGACGGCCACGUGUCUGGACAAAAUAAAGGUACAUGUAUGUCACACACCGAGGGUGAUAUCGCACUGCGUUCAUUGCGCGCGUUGGGCGCACGUGUGGAACCUGCCGGCCCACUGUAGCUUUGCGCAGUGAGAAGUUCAAUGUCAAACGCUCAGUCUCGUGUCCGGCAGGACAUCAAAACCAUUAGUCAUCAAAGGUUACAUCACAGUGAUUUAGUUUAUUUCUCACACAGUAUUACAACCAUUUAUCUUUUUAAGUUAUUGGCACGAUAUAAGCAUAACGUUUUUAACACCCUCGGGGCGUACAGCACCCGAGGCGAAUGCGCCCCUCGGGUGUUAAGAACGUCAUAUCCCACAUCACAGCAGUCAACAAUUGUUCAAUGUUUUUGCUGAUUUACAAGUUUGCUGCUAUGAUGCUGCACUAUGGCGGAGUGCAAAGUGUAAAGAGAUCAAACUAUUUUCUGGCUACAAUGAUCAAAGAAAUGUUGAGUUGAUUUUAUUGAAUUUGAAAGAAGAAGGAUAAAACAUUCCAAAGAGCCACUGAGAACAUGUUUUGAAUUAAGCUUGUGGCUGGGAUCAUUUAAAGAGGUUUUUUGUAGUAUGCUGUACUUUUUUGUGCGUGUCAUUUCUUUUGGAUUUCAGGUGUGUGUUUGUGUGGCUUCCUUUAUGUCAUGUGUUUGCCUACUUUGAUAAAACUUUGGUAUAUUGCGCAAUCAAAAAAGGCACCAAAAUAGAAAAAAGAUUCAGUGUACCAUACUACGAAAGUGGAUGUUAAGCUAUUUUUUUUAUUUUGAUUUCCAAUUCAGUGAUUGUACUGGUAUACAUCUCAAAUUCAGGCAUGAUUUUAUAUGCAGUUUGCAUAAUGGACUGGACAGGUUUUCAGAAAGUUCUGAGAUAAGUUGAACUUAAUCACCGCUUAUUUGUUAUAAAACUACACUCAUUUGUUUUUAAUCUAUUUCCCUCUCUCUUGUAUGUUUUAAUUACUGUUAUAUCGUGUUUAGAACAGCCAGUGGACCAACUAGAAUUUUUGUAACUUUUCCAAAGUUUGUUUUAACCCUGUUGUAAACUUACAUUUAUUUAAGAAAUGUACAAAGAUUGUUUUUAAUAAUUCCCUCGUAUAUUGCACAAAGCAGAAAUGUACAGUGUUUUUUGUGGCUCAGUACAUUCGUGUAAAUAUUUGUAAAAUAUUUUUUACAGUACAGACUGGAAUUUUUAAUAGACCAGAUUUUCGUCUUUUUCUGAAAUCGAUAUGUACUGUUUAUUAAAAGAAAUUCAGUGUACAUAAUAGAAAGUAGAGAAAUACCAAGUGGUUUUUUUUUAGAAACAUCAGGGAUUUUUAAAUAAUUUCAUUGUAAAUGUUACCAAUUUUGAAGAGAAAAAAAAAACACUUUGUGCGAACUUUUCUAAAAAAAAUUCUCUGUACCUUUUAAGUGUGCAUCUUGUGAUAAUGUGUGCAUUUCGAACAUAUUGAAGUAUUCCAAAAUAAACAUGGCUAACUCAAGCCAUUGUUUUGCGAUUAGUUAAAUAAAUCCUACAGUAAACGUAAUCAUUGUG